CUCUCCCCUUCUCCCUCCCCUUCUUUCCCCCUCCCCCUCAUUCUUCUUCCCUCCCUCCCUCCUCUCUCUAUACUCACAUCCCUCCCUCAUCCAGGGAAUUCCGCCACCAUGGUGUUAGCCAAAUCCAAAAACUCCGUCGGGCUGGGAAACAGCCUGAUGAACGACCGCUUCGGCAAAGGCAAAGCAUCCGCCUUGAAGAAGGCCUCCCACAAUGCCGCUAUUGCCCGCAAGAACGAAAAGGGCGAGACUUACAUCACCAACGCCCCCACCGAGGCUGCCUGGGUCAAGAUGCGCAGUAUUACCGAGCAAGCCGCCCUCGAUGAGUUCCUCAGCACCGCCGAACUUGCCGGCACCGACUUUACCGCCGAGAAGAUGAACAACGUCAAAAUCAUCCACACCGACCAGAAGAACCCCUACCUGCUGUCUGCCUCCGAGGAGAAGUCCGCCGUCAAGAAGCACCAGAAGAACAAGAACCGCCUGACCGUCCCCAGACGGCCCAAGUGGGACCAGUCCACCACCCGCCAACAGCUCGAGCUGAUGGAGCGUGAGAGUUUCCUCAACUGGCGCCGCGGUUUGGCUGAGCUGCAGGAGAAUCACGAUCUGUUGAUGACCCCCUUCGAACGCAACCUGGAAGUCUGGCGCCAGCUGUGGCGUGUCAUCGAGCGCUCCGACCUCGUCGUUCAGAUCGUCGAUGCCCGUAACCCCCUGCUCUUCCGCUCCGAGGAUUUGGAGGCCUACGUCAAGGAGAUUCACCCCCAGAAGCGCAACUUGCUGCUCGUCAACAAGGCCGACAUGCUGACGGAGAAACAACGAGCCGCCUGGGCCGACUACUUCGAGCGCCACAACAUCAGCUUCCGAUUCUUCUCCGCCCACAUGGCCAAGGAGCGCAACGAACUCCUCCAGCAGGACCUCGGAUCCGACGACGAAAGCGAUGUGGAGGAGGAAGUCCCCGCAGAGGAACAGCUGGCCGAGGACGCCAAGGCCUUGGAUAUCCAGGACGCCCCGGAGCCCCAAGAAGAGCACGACGGAGGUCUCGAACUGAACCCCGGCGCCAGCUCCAGUGCCUCUCAACGGACGGAGAUCCUCAAUGUCGAAGAACUUGAAGAGCUCUUCCUCUCCAACACGCCCGACACGCUGCCCGACAACAACACGACCGACAGCCCGAACAAGGCCAAGACAGUCAUCGGUCUGGUCGGAUACCCCAACGUGGGUAAAUCCAGCACGAUUAACGCCCUACUCGGCGCCAAGAAGGUGUCGGUCUCCGCCACCCCCGGUAAAACCAAGCACUUCCAGACACUUUACCUGUCCCCCGAGAUCAUGCUUUGCGAUUGCCCCGGUCUUGUGUUCCCCAACUUCGCCACCACCAAGGCCGAGCUCGUCGUCAACGGUGUCCUCCCCAUCGACCAGCAGCGCGAGUUCACCGGCCCCGGCGCUCUCAUCGCUCAGCGUAUUCCCAAGCACUUCGUCGAGAACGUCUACGGUAUCAAGAUCAACACUCGUCCCCUCGAAGAAGGCGGUACUGGCAUUCCCACCGCCAGCGAGCUCCUCCGCGCCUAUGCCCGUGCCCGUGGCUUCGCCACCCAAGGCCUGGGUCAGCCCGACGAGUCGCGCGCUGCCCGCUACGUCCUGAAGGAUUACGUGAACGGCAAGCUCCUCUUCUGCCACCCGCCACCUCCCGCCCAGGAAGGCGCCGACCCCAUCGACCCGCUUGAAUUCAACCAAGACCUCUACGACAUGGCGCAUCUCCCGCCCCGCCGCCAAGCCCAGCUCGCCAAACUCCUCCAGAACGACGAGUCCGUCGACCCCGACACCCUCGCCCUCCUCCUCACCAGCCAGAAACCCAUCCCCGGCCUUCGUUCUCGCAAGCUCGAUACGGGCUUCUUCGGUCCCGGCGCCAAAACCACCACUGGACGUAUCACCCUCCCCUUCAACGCGCAGUACACCGAACAAGGACAGGAAAUACGGAAGCAGCUCACGGGCCGCAAGGAGCGUAUGAUGGUCGCGCUCGAGCGCGGCGUCGAUGUCUCCGAGGUGCGCGGCGGGUCCUCGAAGAAACAUUUCAAGGCCAACAAACGCCGCGCCAAGAAGGUGCGCAAGAAUACCGCCAAUGAUGAUGACUAUUAAGCGGGCUCGCGGGCGAGAUACCUUUUCAUGUUCCUUCCUUUUGCAUUUAAUAUAUCUGUUUGGGUGCGGGGUUGAAAAGUCUGCUUAGGAUAGGGUUUCAUCUUUUUGUUAUGGUAUGUUAUGUUGUGGCGUACUUUAUUUGACUGCUUACUACUACUGAGAUAGUAGUGAACUGAGAAGUACGUAUAGAGGGAGGGGAGG